AUGGAAGCUACACCAGAAUUCACGUACCAAAUCGAAAAAUAUCCUGAACGCGAACAAGUUGGUACAAUCGCAGUCCAUUCAAAAUUUAUCAGACAAGACGACAUGGACGAUUCUAACUUCUCAAUCUCAUUACCUACCAAUGAAUUCACUGACGAAGAAGAUUCUCCUCACAAAGAAAGACUCUUUGACUUCUUAAAAGAUUUAGGAGUUGAUGCACGAGAUGCUCUCCAGUUAAUACAAGCACUCACUUUACUUGCAUGCAAACUAACUUCCUCUUUUAGCUAUCGUUCACAUUAUGCUUUGUUAAUAUGGUUGACUCUUUAUGUGGCUCCUUCGAGUACCGAAGGAUCCGCCAUCGAAGACCCUCAAGUCGACGAAUCAGUCCUCGAUGACUCUCGACUCGAAGAGGCAAUUCAAGCUUCCCUUGUUGAAUAUGAUGAGAGGAUGAAUAGUGAGUUUAGUAGAUCCCCAAGCAAGUUAAGCAGGAGGAUACACAAUAGAAAACGAAAGACUAGCAUAAUUGCUAACCAAAGCAAAAGAUAUAAGAGAAAACAAAAGACAUGUUCUAGUAAUGGUGACAUCACUGACAUGUGCACAAUUUGUUUUGAGGAGUUUGGACAAGAAGUUGCUACUUUACUUUGUGGUCAUAAGUUUGACCAUGGCUGUAUUAUGGACUGGUUUAAGAGCAAAGUUAAUUGUCCAUUGUGUCGAUUCGAGUUACCACGGGAAGAUGAUGAGAUUACUCGGACAUUAACUACAAUUUUCUAA